AAUACUAUGCGAUACCAUAACCAUAGAUAUUAGUACGCGUGUCCUAAAGUAGACGGCUGGCCUAAAUCAACUGGGAAUCAUAAAACCUUUCAAGAUGAUCUCUCUUAAGUCAUUGUUUGUCCUUUGUCUGGUAUCACUGUGCUGUUUUGGAUAUGUUACUGGAGAGAAAAGCAAGAAACUACAGAUCGGUGUGAAGAAGAAGGUGGAAAACUGCUCUUCAAGAUCACGCAAUGGAGACCGCCUUUCCAUGCAUUACACUGGUAAAUUAGAAGAUGGAACAGAAUUUGAUAGCAGCAUUCCAAGGAAACAACCCUUUGACUUUACACUUGGAGCUGGGCAAGUUAUCAAAGGCUGGGAUCAAGGUCUACUGAAUAUGUGUGAAGGAGAGAAGAGGAAGCUUGUUAUCCCAUCAGAUCUUGGAUAUGGUGAUAGGGGAGCACCCCCUAAGAUCCCAGGUGGAGCCACUUUGAUCUUUGAGGUAGAACUACUGAAGAUUAAUAGGAAAGAAACAGACGAACUAUGAUAUCACCAUUUUCUAUUUUAAUUUCAUUUAUUUCUUCAUCACUUACCACUUAGGUUUUGAUUCUUUUAUUAUUCAGGUAUUACCUGUAGUUUAUCUCUUUUUUUUUGGGGGGGGGUCAGUUUUAUAACAUUUAUUUUGAUUAACUUAUAAUUUGGUGAUAAAAGAGUUCCGCUCUUUUUUUCUACUUCUGUUAUCUCUAGAUACUUAGUUCAGUCUUACCCUCCCCUCCUUGCCUGUCUGUCCCCCCCCCCCCCCUCUCUCUCUCUCUCUACUUCCUUCUUGCUCAUUAUCAUCCCAGUUGCCCCCCUUUUUCUGAAUUUAUGAUUUUUAAAAUUCAAACAAUACUUGUUUAAAGUAAUGAACACAAUAUAUUCAGAAAAAGUUCUAUUUUGGUGCCUACAUGACUAUAACAUUGUUUUAUACAGGAUAAUUCAUCACAUUUUUGUUACAUGUACUGUUUUAUAAUGUACUAGUACUUGAUGCAAAAUAUAUACAUAUACACAUGUUUGUAACCUCUUUAUUGGAGUAUAAAUCAAAUUGUUAAUGAGUAAAACUAUUAUAAUUGUAUGUUAUCUUUAUUUCUAUAUUAUGUGGUUCCCUUAUACUAGUAGUUACAAGUGGUAUCUUUCUAAUUGUGUAUGAUCAUGUUUAUUAUAUUAAAAGAUGACCAAAAUAUACAUUUCAAGUCACUUUUAUCAAAAUUUUGAACAGUUUUGGGGGAAAAAGAAUUACUCUGAAAACAUUGAGCUAAGGAAAAAAUUACUUCACAGAUUGAAAUAAAUUGAAAGUAGGGCAUGAAUACAAUUCAUAACCUUAUAAGAAUAACAACCUCUUAAGUUUGCAGGAGUUUUACAUCACAACAUCUUUAAAAUGUUUAUUGUAUGUAGAUUCAUCAUAUCCUAUUAAUGUAUGCUAUGUUACUGAUUUUGUGUAUCUUUUAAAAAGCAUGUCAGAAGCAAUAAGUAAAAAUGGUACAAAUCUGUGAUAUACCGCA